CCGUACGUCCCCUAGUACCACGACGAUGGACGAACAACCCGACUGGCUGAAGCUCCCGUCGGACCUCCUGGAACCCAUCGGCCGGAGGACGCGCGAUGCCGUCAUGGGAGUUGCCACCUUCCGCUCCGUCUGCCGGGCGUGGCGCGCUGCCGUGAGACCAACGCCGCGCCUCCUGCUUCCCGCCGCUCCUCGGGGCGGCUCGGAGCACGCGCUCGUCUUCCCCUUGUCACCAGGCGACGCCCGGGACGUCUCCUGUCACCUGAAGCACCUGCCCACGGGCACCACGGGCGCGCUGCCCAAUCUCAACGCCGUCCGUGACGGCAGCGCCGCGUCCGAGAUCACGCAUAUGGGUUACGAGCACGCGCCCGAUCAUGAAGAGCCAAAUCUCAACGACGGCAGCGCCGCGUCCGAGGUCACGCACCUGGGUUACGAGGACGCUCCCGAUCAUGAAGAGCCCAAUCUCAACGCCGUUGGUGACGGCAGCGCCGCGUCCGAGGUCACGCAUCUGGGUGACGAGCAGGCUCCCGAUCAUGAAGAAGCGCCUACCGACAUGGGUCGUGGUGCGCCGGAAGAUGACUGAUACGGGGAUGCUCCGGAUGAGUUCAGGUACAAGCAUUCCGGCGGCGAUGCUCCGGAUGAGUUCAGUUGCCUCCGGCUUGUUGCGGUGCCGGGCAAGGUGCUUUUGCUCAAAAUAUGCGUCAAGUCCUCUAGGCCGGAGGGGUUCCACGUCUUCGAGUUAUCGUCCGGGUCAGAGAAAGGUGACGGAGGGCCCGUCUGGCGCAAGGUGGCCGCGGACGACAUCGGUGGCGACCACGAAUUAUUCUUGGAUAGCUACCAUGCCGCCUUUGGCGAUGAUCGUGACGGCGGUGGGACACGGAUUUAUUAUUUUCAUGAUGAUUACUCGUCUGCGGUAACUAGUUGCGCCGCGGCGUACUGCUACAAUAUGAAGGAUAAUAAGCUCGAGUGCGUGUACAUGCCAUCUCGGGAGAACGGUGACAUAUAUACAACUAGGCCUAGUUGGUUUGUCCCUGGCUAAGAUAGCUAGUUUGUUGUGCAAAGAAAAGAUCCUUUGAAGCCACGUUUUAGUUGUUAAUUCAUAAUAAUUGUCAAAUCAAACAUUACGUAGUUGGUGAGUGAGCACUCGGUUUCUGAUCCUUUUUUUGAAGAUAA